GAAUUGCUUUUCAUUUGUUUUUACAGUCGUCAUCCCGAAGUGAAGUGGGCCGAGACUACCGAGAAGAUUUUCCUCACCGUAGUAUUGGCAGAUUCCAAGGACGCAAAAGUUAAUCUAGACCCAGAAGGAGUCUUUGAUUUCACUGCAAAAGCUGGUCCAGAAGACCACGUCUAUGAACUCAAACUGGAACUUCACGACAAAGUCAAUGUUGAGGAAAGCAAAAUCAACAUUGGAGCAAGAAGCAUAAUCUGCAUAAUAGAGAAAGCAGAGCCGGAAAGGUGGAACAAGCUAAUCCGUGGAGGGAAGGCGCCACACUAUGUCAAGGUGGAUUGGGACAAGUGGGUAGAUGAGGAUGACGAAGGCAGCGCUGGUGCUGGAGAAAUGGAUAUGGGAGGAAUGGGUGGAAUGGAUUUCUCGAGCUUGGGUGGUAUGGGUGGAAUGGGUGGUAUGGGUGGAAUGGGUGGUAUGGGCGGUAUGGGUGGAAUGGGCGGACUUGAAGGUAUGAUGGGUGGCAUGGGUGGUAUGAUGGGCGGCAUGGGCGGUAUGGGUGGUAUGGAUGGUAUGAUGGGUGGUAUGGGUGGACCGGGAGUAGAAGAGUUUGAAGACAGCGAUGAUGAAGAAGAAACCGCAAAAUCUGGAGACAAGAAAGAUGAAGCCGUUAAGGAUGAUGAAGCCAAGCCGGUAGAACAAACAACAUCUGUCAAGGAAGACAAGUGA